UAGACGACACACAACACUCGAGCUGUCCCCUGUAUUUGUUUUUUUUGUGAAAUUAUGAUAAAUCUACUGGUUCUACCACCAACUUGUUGAUUUGUGUGAUUGACAACGUGUCUAGUUUCUAAAAAAAAGAACUUUCUGUUUACGCAUUAUCACGUGUAGAGUGUUUUUUGUGUUGUGGGCCAAAAGAAGUUUGCAGUCACGUUGCCUGCACACCAACUAUGCGAAUCCACGAUGGUGGACUGUGGUGACCCACCAUUGAAAAACAAAAGGCCGCGAUAUUUACGUCGUGUAAAGUGUUUCGUGGUGGUGACAAACCCGAAGGACAUCAUUACCAACAUACGGGCGUGGUGAACGGGAGGCGCACUAUUUUCUUAAAGGCCGUCGUAUAAGAAAAAGAGAAAUCGGGUUUGAAGACGUUGGGGGUUGUCGGAAAUGGUUGCCAACGAAAUAGCUGGCUCUGGACAGGUGGAUGUCUUUCUCGGAGGCGGUAGCAGGUGGACAACAUCAUCUAGCGACUUGAGAAUCACUUCGACGUGCCACACGAACAGAAUGUCGGCCGUGGGCGUAGGAUCGACGGCGUCGGCGCCAACGACGACGCCACCCGGCGGCGAUGCGCUCAACUUGAGCUGCCUAGGACCUCCCCACUACGCGGCGGACAGACAUCGCACCACGGCCGCUCAGGGGUGGACGGACACGCGCCCACCGUCGGCCGACAUUGGCCCGUCAGAGACGGACGAGGAAGGUCUUCCCCAGCACAGAUCCAGUAGUUCUUCCAUUAGCCGCCAGUCGAACAAUCAUUCGCUUGAUGAUUGCGGCCAUAGUGCAGUGCACGGUGAUCUCUCUCCUUGUUCCAGCGACGCCAUCCGGAUUAGUGUCUGUAGUGGAUUACUUGACCAGUCGGCUCAUGGCGAGGAUUUGAGUGCGUCCGCAACGGAGGACGUCGGCGCUGGUGUCGUUAAUGAUGCCCUGGAUGCUCCGCAGAGGCCGGACGACCAGCAGCACGACGACAAGAUGCCGCACCAAUCAUCGCAUUACGAUUGCGGCUCGGUUACGCAACAACAACAGUGGAAGACGGAAGGUGACGAAAGCAACACGGUUUCUACAUCGCCUUCCGGCGGAAUAACCGUCGGAGGCGUACCGCUCAAAUCGGCACUGAAACGGGCUCCCGCAGCGCGUGCUGGCGGAGUGGCCGGAUCGUUGCAGCACCUACAGUCGUCGCGCAAAAAGGCGCGGGUGCGGUUCAACGAGGCGCUCAACACUUUCCUCGAGUGCGACUACGUCAUCUACGUCGACGACGAUGAAUACGAUCUCUUGUACCAUUUGGACGCGGUUGCGGCGGCCGCUGCUCAAGCGGAAGCUGAAUUAGCCGAUGUGGCUGCGACGGAGCAGCCUCAAUUAGUCAACGUUCGUUCGUUUGAACUGCAGUUGCCCGAGACGUCACUGACGUCGACUUGUGUCAGUCACGCGACCAUCACGCCGGCAGCCGCUACGACUGGCGAUGCUGGAACGUUAAGUCCACCCGAUGGGUACAAGGACGCGGCCGCAUUUUACGCCGCUGCGGCCGCUUUAGUCGAUCUGGAAAAUCAACAUCUUUCCGGCUUCACCGACGAUGGAGUAGAUCCAUGGGAGUCUGAAGACUACGAUGAUGAAGAGGCUAUGGCUGACGAGGCGGAAGCGCUCGACAACGGCUGGGCGGAUGCUCAGACGGCGGAUGAAUCGCCAAAAAUCGAAGCAAAUCGACAAGAACACGAAGCGAUGGCAGCCAGCGAUGGUAGUAGUGAAGUUGCAGAUUUGGCCGUCCCUUUGCCCGAUCCGCCACGUACGGGCAUUCUCAAAGGCGGCAAAUUAUGGCGAGGAGCUGUCAAUAACAAUAACAACAGCAACGACAGUAGUCAGAACAACAGCUCUUCAGCGUCCUCUUCAAGCGGCUCUUCGGCCAUUGGAGGAGAACGAGGAGGUGGAGAAGAGGCCACUUUGUCACGUCACGGCGAGAAAUCGCCAGCUGUCCGUUUCAUCCAUCUCAACGACUCUCAAGGUGGAGGAGACUCGUCCGAGGAUGGAAACAGUGCGGCCGCCGCCACUAACGCCGGUGGCGCUGCUAGCGGCGGUCAGUCGCAAAGGAGCGCUCAUCACCACUCGGCCUUCCAGCAGCUGUUCCCGCGCGCCCGAAAGCUCCUCCAGGAGUUGCCCGAAGCCGAAAUCCAGCGGUUGACCACAGCCGCUCGAGCCAAUAAUGCUCCGUCGUCCGUCUCGUCGUCUAGGGCCGUCACGUCUCUCCUCAGUCAUUCGACCGACACCGGCACUGACACUACCGACGCACCCGACCUCAAGUACGAAAAGGCUUUACGUGUUGCGGAAGUGACAGAGGAGGAUUCAAAGGAAAGUCAUCCGCCAUCCGGAGGAGCGACGGCUGCCGCUGUCAGAUUGGGCGUUCAAUAUUCUGCGGAUUAUUACCAAAUGAUCAAGCGGAUCCGAUCGGCUUCUGCCGCUGAAAAUGCCAGGCAUCAACGCAAAGCGGAUGCCACUCCGCCGACGGCUGCGGAUUCCCUCGUUGAACGGCUCAAAUGGCUGACGACGACGGAUGUGGAUGACGACGUGGCCGAUGAUUCCAAUGUGGCAGAGGAGAGGGAAGCGGCCGACGGCGGAAGCGAUCUGGAAAUGACGGCCAUGCAACUGGCCGCCUACGCUUCCGUUCCGGCCGAGAAUGUGGAACAAACGCAGGAGGGCGACGCUGUUGCGGAAGGUAAUCAACACCAACAAGCGGCGGCGGCGCCACGGUCAACAGCGGACGCGUCUUCCGGAUCCGGUGAAGCGGCCAACCCUCCGCCCGCUUUAACGAAAACCUCCAAAUCCGGCAGCGGCGGCAAUGAGAAGAGCACGUACAGAAAAUUGAACGAGCUCUUUUUCCGGACGAAAUCCAAGGAUAAAAACAAAGACGCUAAUAAAUCAUCGAAUUCGGCAUUGAAUCGCAGUUUCUCUCCUCCACCUCCAGCGGAAGUGGAGCCCAAGAUGAAACCAUCCAAGAAACAACAACAACCGCACCUCAUUCACAUUGUCGGCUUAUCGGGCAAAUGCUCUUCCUCCUCCGCCGUGUCGGCCAGUGCCUCUUCCGGCGCUUCCGGAACAGAGACGCUCGGCCGGAUACCCAACGUUGUGCCCACUGUGGAUCACGUCUACCGGGCGGCCGUCGAUUUGGUGACGCGCAAUUCUUCCACCCACCAGUUCAAUCAUGCGGCCGCUGUUCAUUCCGGCGUCGUCAUCCAGGGCCCCUCGAGCAACGAUUCUUACAGCCUGGAUGACAUUGAUGCCGCACUCCAUGCUCAAAUGUCGGCCAGCGCUUCAUCCACGUCGGGCGUCGCGACGGAAGCGAUGCCCAAUCAGUGUAUGUAUCUGUUGCCUGCCAGCCACCGGAUUCCGGAAGACUCCCGCGACGAGACGGGCGGAUCACGGAGUUCGGGAAGUUCGGGCGACAGCGGACUGGGCAGUUCCCACGACACUAGCCUGACCGGAACCGACACGGACGGAUCCGCUCAGGACGAGUUGCAAGCUUUUGUCCGGCAAGACGCGACCCAGGGACGGAUCGACCGGAUUAAAAAGCGCUACAGCGCCGCCCUGGAAGACGAAGCGGAGGAUUACGGAUUCCUGCGCAGACCGUCGGUCCGCGGAAUUAAAACGCGUUUCGGAUCCACUUCGGAGAUUAUCCAACAAAUGCAGGCUCAAUUAGCUGGCCCUAUGCCUGCGGUGUCGGCCGCUAGAGCGACGGGACAGACGCACGUCAAUUGGUCGGCGUACGCGGAGCAGAGUUCCAUCCAGGCGGAAGCUUUGCUGGAUCCCCGCGAGAAGCGGAGGUCGGCCAUGAUGGCCAUGUCGAAUUCAGUUCACCUUCCAGCUCUUCCCGAAGAUGCCGGAUACUUCCAUCAACAGCAUCAGCAGCUGAUACACAAUGCCGGAAGGGCCGCUCAGACGACGAACGUAAUGGCCACCAAUCGCCCGGCUUCCGUUAUGAACAUUUACGGUUCGACGGGGGACUUGUACCAGCACCUGAGGGCUCCUAUGAGACCCGUUAUGGUCCGCCAUCCUCAAUCAACGUCUUCCUCCGCCAUGGCUGGGACUCAUCCGGCCCAGCUGCUCGAGAGAACGUCGUCUGUUUGUUCCGUAUCUUCGGCCAUGGAUGGCAGUUCUGUUUACGGCACGAUCCGCAGGCAGCCGCCUCAAGUGAUGCAUCCAUCGUACGCUCAUCCGGAUUCAAUAUCGCCCACUCGAGAUUACGUUCCGGCCGUCAUGAUACAGCAGCACAUGGCGCAGCAGCAGCAACAACACCACCUCCAACAGCACCACCAGAUGCCCCUGCGGAUGACCGUGUCCACACCCGGUGCACCUUACGCGUCUAAUCCGCAGCAACAACGGCCCGUCUCCCAGCAGAUGACGGCCGGGUCGAUCGCCUAUUACGCCACGGCCCAAGAUUACGCUCUACAGCAACAACAACAGUUCCAGAUACAGCAGCAACAACAACAACACUAUGUUUACGCAACGCUUCCGGGCAAACGCCAAUCGCCUUACGGCGUUCCGGCGACGAUCCCCAUCUCUGCCGGCUCUCAGGUGGUCACUCCGACUAUGCUGGAUCCGACUCGCUAUCGUCAAGUCUUGCCGCCCAUGACGUCCCAGGUGACCCUCAGACCUUCAUCCGCAUUGGCAGAGCCUCGUUAUCCGUCGGCCGUGCACACGGGUCACCUCCAGCCUCCGCAACAACCGGCACCUCCGGCUCCGCUGAAAGACGAACGCGAAGGCCCGGAAGGGGCCAGCUCUUCUCCCGGUCUGACGCACCACGACGUCAAUAUGUAACAUAUUGUUAAAAACAAAACAAAAGAGAGAGGGGCUUUGCUAUUCCAGACGGAUGUGAAAUUCCGGAGUUUCUAAAGUUAGAAAAACAACGACGAAAAAUGGACACGCCGACGCAUAGAUCAUACGGCCUGCCAUCUUGAAAAGAACAAUAACAAGUAGGGCGAGGCUUUUUUUAAAAAAAGACAUGCGAUUGUUUUUUUUAACUGACGUCAUUUCGUUCGUGGAACAAGUGAACGUCAGUUUUGGGGCGACCUUGUUAUUAUUUUUCGCGUGUUUUUUUUUUUUUAGGGAGGGAAUCGGGUCUGUUUAAUUCAAAAUCUGAUUGCGCACACACGCAGCUCCCACACACGCAAAAUGGAUUGGAAAAUAGGUUUCUUCUUCCUCUUUGAUUCCUCGUUUUCAUUUUUCUCGUGAAUUUGGUACCUGCAAACGAUUCUAGUUUCAAAACAAAUCCAAAUAAAACUUGACUACAAAAAAUAGAAAAAGGUGACGACAACACAAGUAAUUUAAAGAAUGUAAAGAAGAUAAAUUGAAGUAUUUACGCAGAAAUGUUUAGAUGGGACAAUGCCAGAUGCAAAUAAGUAAUCAAACGGGCAAAAGAAUUUUAUUUAAAAGCAAAAAAAAAAAAUAAAAAACGAAAAAAAAAAAAAGUUAAUGCUCGGGACAAAUUUUUUUGUUUUCUAAAAAAUGUUAACCAAAAAAUUCCUUAAACGUCUUAAGUUUACAUUUGUGCUCCCCCCCCCCCUCUUUAAUACGAUAAAUGAUUAUCAGCUUUGAACUGAGUUUCCUCUAUAGGAAAAAACGACAAAAGGAAAGAUUUUGAUUGAUGCUAGAAACAAAAAAUGUUUGGCUAUUAUCAAAUCUGAUAAUGGCCGACCGUUAGUUAUUUUGGUGUGUCUGCCAUUGUUGAUUUCUCUUGUAUACACCUGCGCACCCGACAUUCGUGGCAAACAGAACAACCCACCUAUGUCUAUCCCACCAAAAUUGUUUCUCAUACCCUCGUUUUUUUCGUCCUCUCUCAUUUGUAAUAGACAUUUAUAUACUACAUAUAUUCACGUUGUGCGUAUUGUAAAGAAUAAUUGAAAAAACAAUGAAAGUUAAACGGAGCAGCCAGUUUAUGUGUACAGUGUCUGAAAAAAAGAAACGAAGAGACACCACUUGGAUGUGUUAUGUGUGCGUGUGUAUCUCGAUCGACAAACAUUUGCAUUUUCGAUCGCAUUUAUUUUGCACGUCUACGAAAAAAAAAAAUUGAUAAAUAAUAACAAUUGUACAUGUCAUGGCUGUCACAACAAUAUGUCUGUGUAUUUCAAACUCGUGUUCUCUAUAUAUAUUAUAUAUAGACUUCUGAAACGUGUGUAUUGUAUAAAUAUAUAUACGACGUCAAUAAAUAGAAAGAUAUUA